UUAUCUAAUCAAUCAAUCAAUUUUGAAAUUAGUGGUUGUUUUUGUUGUUCGACUUUGACUUGCGACCAAAUAUUUUACUGUCUUAUAAUAAUACCGACUUAUAUAUUUUUUUAAAUGUAUUUUUCAAACUUUUUUGUAGGAAUCUCUAACUAAUCUCUUUGAAAUUAUAUUAUGAAACUUGUUUGAGGGACAAAGUGUUAUCCUGAGCUCAUUCUUUAGCUGCAAAGAUGCCUCGAAAUAAGAAAACGAAGUGGAGGACACUAAGUAUCCCUAAAAGUUUGCAGAAUAGUUCAAAUCAAAGGAGUCAUUAUACUGAAUCACAUUACUGUCAAAAGUGUGGUAGAAAUCUAAACUUUUAUACUUAUAGAACUGGUCAGUUAUGUCAGAUUUGUAGUAGAGAUGAAAGAAGUUGCCAAAGUGAUAUUCAAAUCCCUGGUCCUGGUUUUCUGGAUUUUGCUCAUUUACAAUCAAGAUCAGGUCCAGUUAAUGAUUCUCUUCAAGGUUAUAACAUGUUGAACUCCCAGCAGAAUAACCAUAUUUUUCCCCAAGAAAAGUAUGGAGCACACUCUGGUGGUUGGCAGAGAAGAAUUUAUUUCUCUGAUGCUAACAAAAGAUCACAUAGUUUCAAUAAUUAUGAGCAUUCUCAAGUUUUCUAUCAGCAAUCUCCAUCUCAAAGAACAGUUAGCUCUAGAUCACCUCAUGAUACUCAACCAUCACUUUCAGUUUAUGAAGCCACAUCGAAUUAUGAGUUGUCUAGUACACCUUCAACAAGUUUUCCUUCUCGUCGUAAUGGAGAUUAUAAAAGGAAAAGGGAGCCCGACGAUGCACCUUCUAAAAGAAUUAGAGCCUCACCCUAUGAAACUGCUUCACAAAUUUGCCAAUAUGAUCAAUUGAGUAUAAACAUCAUGUCAUACUUUAGAGAUAAUGUGCAGACAGAUUGGGUUUUCGAUAAAAAAAUGGAACUGCGUUUUAGAUUGCAGCAAAUAAUUCUGAGAAAGUUUUCCGGUUGUAAUGUCUUUGUGUUUGGAUCUUCUAUGACAGGGUUUGCUACUAAAAAUAGUGAUGCAGACAUGAGCCUCAUAUUUUCUGAUGCAAAGAUUGUUCAAAACAGAGUAGUUCGAAUACUUUGGGAGCUUCAUUCUUUAUUUUCAAGACAUCAAAAUUUCAAAAAAUUGCAAGUAAUUCGUGCUAAGGUUUCUAUAUUAAAAUUUAAAGAUACUUUAAGUGGUUUUGAAAUUGAUUUAAAUAUCAACAAUCCUACUGGUAUCAGAAACUCUCAAUUGCUACGAAGUUAUGCUAGAGUGGAUGACAGGGUAAGGCCAUUAAUUCUAGCUGUUAAAUUUUGGGCUCGUGAACAUGAUAUAAAUGAUGCUAAAAAUGGUACGCUUUCAAGUUACUGUCUAGGAUUGAUGCUGAUUCAUUAUUUGCAAUAUGGGUGUAACCCUCCGGUUUUGCCAUCUCUUCAAAUUCUGCAACCAGAUAAAUACUCACCAAAUUCAGACGUUAGUUUGUUAGAACUUGAUGAAAUAUUACCUAAUUUUAAAUCCGAAAAUACUGAAAACCUUGGUCAACUUUUUGUAGGAUUUUUACAUUAUUAUUCUAAAAGCUUUAACUAUAAAGAAAAAAGAAUAUCUGUACGUCUGGGUUGUUUAUUACCCAGAGUUGAUAAAAUAUUAACCAAAGAAAAGAAUUUAAGACAUUGGAUUGAUAUUGAAGAACCUUUUGAGCAAGUGAAUACAGCUCGUGCUGUGAACAACUCUAAAAAAGCUGCCUACAUCAAAUCAGUUUUUGACUAUAGCUACAAUGCUGUUGUACAAAAGGGAGAUCUAGGAUGUUUGUGAUGUUAUAUUCUAUUUAUUUUGAUGUAAAGAAAAUAAAAGGGUAUAUUUUCUCAUUUAA